GGUCAUAUGAAGUCUUCACCGGUCAUCCUAUAUAUUUGGCCAUCUUGAAGAGAAAGGUGAAACUCCAAUUUCUCCAGACCAACAGGAAGUACAAUGGCUCCUGCUAACAACACUCACGAUCGUUCAUUAUCUGAAACCGAAUUUGAGAUGGUGAAACACAUCAUCAAAAUUCCAGGGCUAGAAGAUCUAAACCUCAAAGACUGUUGCAUCUACAAGGUUCCUUACAAUAUCCGAGAGGUGAACAAGGAUGCCUACACCCCUCAAUGGAUCUCAAUAGGCCCAAUUCACCUUUCCAAAGAGAAAUUCAAGCCAAUGCAAGAGCAAAAGAAAAGGUACUUCCACUACUUCUGGGAGCGAGUCUCAAACGAAGAAGCCAUGAAGAACUACAAACUCUACCUCAAGACCGAAGAAGAAGAGAUUCGCCAAUGCUACGCAGAGAAAUUCCCUGACUUGACCAAAGAGAAAUUCGUGGACAUGGUGCUGUUGGAUGCUGUGUUCAUCAUGGAACUCUUGUUGAGAAACUGUAAGUGGAAAUCGGAAAACAUCAGGCACGAGCAAGAGUUCCAGCCAACCGAGUCCUUUCGUCAGAGACACAGUGAGGAUCCCAUCGUUAUGCAGCCCUGGCUCAGUAGGAACAUCGCUAGGGACUUGAUCCUUCUGGAGAAUCAAAUCCCUUUCUAUGUCCUGCACAAACUCUAUGAAGACGUUGUCCCUUGUCAAUACAAGCAAGAAAAGCACACUGCAGGGUUUGUUGAUCUUGCCAUCGAGUACUUUGUUUUCUAUGAUACCCAAAUGUCUUCUUCUGAUAAAACCAAGAAACACUCUUCUGGCUCACCCAAGUCAAAGAGCGAAGAUAGCUCUAGGGAUCCAAAAUAUGUACACUUCACUGAUCUGAUGAGAGGCUCUUACCUUUCCCGUACUGAGCGAAAAAGUGAUAAUGCCCCUCAUAAUUUAAGAACUGCAACAAAGUUGAAGGACUCAGGAGUGAGCUUUGAGAAAGAUGUGAAGAGAAAGUUACUAGACAUAACCUUCGAGAAGAAGCGAAUUCUGAGUUCAUUUCUUUGCUUUGGUUGCUUGCCAUGCCUGAACCACUUCAAGGCACGUUUCAUAAUCCCCCAGUUGAAGGUGGACCACACAACCGAAUGCGUGUUGAGGAACCUCAUUGCCUUGGAGCAGUGUCACUAUCCCGAGAAGCCUUACAUCUGCAACUACGUUUCUCUCAUUGACUCUCUCAUUCACACGCAGCAUGAUGUGGAGAUGCUGGUUGAGAAGGAAGUGAUCGUGCAUGAGUUGGGGAGUGAUAAGGAAGUGGCCACGCUUGUUAAUGGUCUAUGCAAACACGUUGUGACAAACUCAACGUGUUACUUUGAAACUGUAAAUGAUCUCAACGACCAUUACCUGAACAAAUGGAACCAUACGGUGGCAGCGUUGAGGUUGGUGUACUUCAGAGACCUUUGGAGGGCAAGUUCCACUGUGGUUGGGAUUGCUGUGCUCGUUUUCGCUGUGUUUCAAUUCCUCCGUGCUGUGCGUGCUCUCUUCUAGGCUAUUAUAUAUUAUAUUUUUAAUAUUAUAAAUAUGAGGAGCUGGUUAUUUCAUAAGUAAGUCUAGGUCUCCUUAUAAUUA